AUUUUGUAAUUGACUCAAUUGAUUCGCUUUUUUUGCUUAUAGACGCGACCAGGCAUAAUAGGGGCUGUAGGUUAUCGCGAAAUAAAAAGACGCGAUCAGUUUCAGCAGAGUACAGUAUGGUCAGUUUUUGUCAUCGCUAAAACGCACGGUAGUUCGUUUGUUUAGAUAUCUUUAAAUCUUGCACAAAAUGUCUUGGUUCUUUGGUAAGAAAAAACGGGAUUCACCUCCGAGUUCGCCUGAAGAAGAAGAUCCACCUGCAGGCAAUGGAGAUGGAUUUAUAUUCGUAGAACGACGAUCAAAUCAGCCUCAGGGUCCUGCUACCAAUGAAGGAUGGGAUCCUCCCCCUGGAAAUCUUUACCCUAGUAUUAACAACAUCCCCCAAUAUCCACCCCCUCAAAAUACUAGUUUGCCAAAACAGAACAUAGAUCCAAUUCAAAAUAUGCUCAAUGAUUUACCUUUUAAACUGUGUAAACAAUUAGAGCACAACGUAAGUGAUGAUAUCGAAGUAGAUAUGAACCAUGUUGACGAAAUUUUGUCAUGGAUAUUAAGAUUAGAGAACGAAAAUGUCACAUAUGAUUUUGCCGUUGAAAAUAGCGUUAUUAGUGAGAUGGACAGUUCUAGAACCGGGAUGUGAAGAAUUAUUUUCAUCAAAUUGUUGGUUGUUGAAUACAUAGUUAUCAAUAAUUGAUAGAAAGCUGUUGUACUUGGAUCAAAAAUUAUUCAUGAGCAACAUUUGGCGAGCAUUAAAUAUUGAUGGACUUUUAAUACUUCUAAACUGAAAAAACAUUACCUCUGCAUAAAUUAUACCAUAUUUGCUGCCGUGAGGACUAUGCUAUUGAAAGUUCUGGCAACCUAGCACAAUUGUAAUUUAGCCAAGACUUGCUGCAAACCUAGUAAUAAUCCAUAAUAGCGAUGCUAUGCUUUAGAAAAAUAAUGCAAUCAAACUCUCACGUCCUCUCAUCAUGUUACUAUUAGGAAUAAACCUUCAAUGAGUACUAACAUAUAUUAGUUACACUUAUUACUUUUUAAUAAUUAUUUUAGGUUUUGUAGUGAUUUUGUGUUUACAAAUCAAAGCAACGCUAUGUACAGAAAAUACUGGUCAUGUAUGUAAAUAAGUGUGAAAUAAAAAUUCCACGAUCUAUACAA